GUUUUGCGAAAGUUACAUUUGUCCUGUCCUUUCCAUCCUAACCUAGCUGUCUGGUUUCCCUGCACACAUGAAUCCAAGCCCCUCUCUCACGGGGCACAAAAGGAAUUCCAGUGUCCUCCCUUCGAGGCUCUGGACGUACUGUGUGUCCAGCUGACAUUGUUGCUCAUGAGCAGUGUUUCCUUGGCAGCCAGGCAUGUUUCAUUAGUGGCAGAGCGUCAGUGGGAGUGAAGGAGGCCAGUGCUGGUCAUUUUGUGAGAGCAAUUACUUUGGAGAUAACAAGUGACCAUGUCAGGAACCAUCUAUAGUCCUCUUGAAUGUUCCUGCAACCCUCAGUAGUAGUCAAUCCUACAUCAAACAUACAACUCUGUAAUCAAUCAAUGCGGUUUUCAAUUCGAAAUCUCCAGCAAACUUUGCACCUUCUGCCCGGACCAACGUGAACCCUUCAGUGCUGCCAUUGUUGUUUCAACAACACGGUGGAGUAGAGAACAAGCCAUGACCCCCUCCCUGUAGGAAGCAAACCAGUGCUGCCUAUGAUGCAACAAAAUUCACUUUAGAUCAUUACACUUAUGUGAACAAUAAAUCUACAUCUGCACUGUCCGGAAUAUUUUCCUGAAGUUUGUGGUGUCGGGUUAAAGAGAAGACUCAACUGGUGCUGUCGAUACCAGCGUGCUAUUUUUAGCAGCACUUGGUGAAAGUAAAAGUCGAGGGCAUCAAACCAUAAAUCUGUGUUAAUAUUCCAGGCAGCUCUUAUCCCGACUCCAGGAUCAACCUGUUUUCUACUGCUUAGCGAGUCAUGACUGACUUGUCAUGACUGUUGCCCGGUUGAAGAGUUUGUCAUCGGUCAUCGGGUCAGACUUUACGGCUGUUUCCUUCUCCAUAUAAGUGGUUCCUCGUCCAGGCCAUAAACAUUCACUGGGCAGCAAAGUCUGUAAAGCUUCCUCUGAGCAUGUGUCCUGCUUCUGUUGAAACAUUGGUGUGGGUUGGUUCAUGUAGGAGUCACCUUUUAUUUGGCUUUCGGUCUUCAACAUACGCAACUACUAGGUCAAAUACCGUGAUGUGUCAAGUGUUUGGAAAAUUACGAGCGGAAGCCCCCUUCCAACGUUCUCCAUUGCUUGAGAAACCUCAGCUGUCGUGCCCUAUUCCUUCAAGAUUAGUCAUCCCUGUGGUGAUGGCAGGAGACCACUUAUAAGAGCCCAAGUUUUAACUGAAGAGUUUGAGGAUGAAGGGUGGGGCACGGUGUCUCCCUCUUUUUGCCUCUCAAGAUACAUCUCAGGAGUGUUAGUGUGAUGACAAGGUUAGUUUGCCGCAGUGCAAAAAGGCAUCUGCUUUCAUGUUAUGCCUCAAGAGUGCUCGGCCAUUGGGUGUCUCCAUACCCUGUGGCAGGCUGAAUGGAUGGUGUUUAGAAGGGGGCGAGGCCAUUUGUCUUGCUGGCACAGAGGGCACUUUUGUGGGCAUAGCGUUGUGCUUGAGAGUCAAGGCUUUCCCAAGUAAGAAUGUUCUGCAUCAACUCAGAGUCAAACUAGAAUCCUUCGCUGUGUAGUCUCUGCUUUUUUUUUGCCUUCAGUCGACACUUAGAUUAGUGCAGGACAGUGAUGUGAAGAUUCUGUCUCCUGAGUUGGAAGGUUUUUCUCUCUCUCAGCGUUGAAACUGAAGUUGACCUUUUUGUUGGAGGACUUUUUGAUUGCUUGCUACAGGGUUUGCACAAACUUUCUUGUGGCGCAUUCUACUUUUCUCUUGCUCGAGUUGGCUCUGUGACCUUCAGUCGGAGUCCUAGCCCGCCAAUUUGUCCAUCACUACUCGAGCCUUUCAUGUGGUGGGUGUCUUCCCUGUCACUCAGACGGUCUGCCUCAAUAACACUCAGUUCUGGUUCUUCCAUGUCCGGCUGGUGCACAGCGAGUUUCAGAUGUGGUUUUGUUUCCUCACAGGCUGGGGCCAGAGAAGUCGCCAACAAUUGUUGUGAGGCGAACUAAGGACAUUAGGGUCAAUCAUGGAAGAAUGACAGCCUUGAUCUGGUGGAUUUGUGGGCUGAAACAGUUGAUUGCAUUAUUUAAUUUGACAUUUCUCUUACUCACUGAGCGGCGAGUGAGUCAUCAAUCAGAACCUGGCUGCAGUUUGGGGCCUUCUCUUGCUGUGCGGUGAAUGAAAACCUUGUUCAUGUGACUCCUUCUGGUCCUGCCCGUCCCCUUCCCUUGCUCUGCUCUCCUUGACGUCUGCUCGGUCGGUUGGCCCAACAGAGGAACAUUUGUGGGCGUGUCGCUGCUCAAGAGGGCGCAUGCGAACUGAGGCCCGAAGGGGAAGACUUCCACACAGAUCUAAGCCAGCUGCCUCGAUUCAAACACUUCAGUGCAGGAGGAGAGCAGCACGGGGACGACACACACACAUGCAUCUACCACCGACGCUUGCUGGCAGAGCCAUGCCACUUCCACAAACAAACCUGUAGAAAGGCACCAUUUUGGCACCGGCUGCUCAUUGGGAGUUGAACUUCCAGACCUGUGGCGCUGAAAGAAGACCGUUCUCACACACUGACCUCUGAGGUUAAGCAGUUUGUGUGGAGGAGGGGAGGAGAAUCGUGGGAGGCCGCGGCGGGGCCCCUACACUUCUCAAGAAGAGUCUCAGCAGUUGCUGGGAAGCCAGCCGAACAGGAGGACAUGGCUACCGGAGAAAUCACUACUCUUCCCGCAACACCUGAGGACGGCGGCAGCGGCGGUUUCCCCCCCGGAUCCUUCAAGGAUCCGAAGAGACUGUACUGUAAAAACGGAGGCUUCUUCCUGAGGAUCCGGUCGGACGGUGGAGUGGAUGGAAUCCGAGAGAAGAGCGACCCUCACAUAAAGCUGCAGCUCCAGGCCACAUCGGUGGGAGAGGUCGUCAUCAAGGGCAUCUGUGCCAACCGCUACCUGGCCAUGAACCGAGACGGCCGGCUGUUUGGCGCGAGGCGAGCGACGGACGAGUGCUACUUCCUGGAGCGGCUGGAGAGCAACAACUACAACACCUACUCCUCCAGGAAGUACCCCAACAUGUACGUGGCACUGAAGCGGACCGGCCAGUACAAGUCGGGCAGCAAAACCGGGCCAGGCCAGAAGGCCAUUCUCUUCCUGCCCAUGUCUGCCAAGUACUGACAGACCGACGGCGGGACUCGGCGGUGGUGCCUUGCUCAGGAGUGAACAGACCAGGUUGGCGUGUCGGUUUAUUUUGGGCUCCGACUCACAUGAGUGGCUCCAGGUUGGACCUGAAGGGGCGAAGGUGAAACUCGACUCUGACAACAGACCUGCUGAGUAUCUGCGAAUGGCACUGACUUGAAUGACUCGGUGACAUGGAACGACGCGCUUCUGUGGGGAAGACAAACAAUAACCAGUAUUCGUGACCAAGAGAGAAACUCAACUUCAAAUAUAGUUUAAUAACACUGGCUCGCUCAGUGCCAGACAAUGGUCAAGUUUUACUCUUCAGAUUUUAAUCCAUCUGAUCAUUCAGGUGAUCAGAUUUUUCCUGUUGACUCAUUGGCUUGUUUCGUUCAAUCAUACAUCACUAUACAGAAUCUAUAACUUAAUCUCUCAACAAGAGAGGCCAGAUGCUAGCUGUUUGCAUGGCUAGCAAUGUAACAGUAAAAAUCUCACACUGGAGGUUGAACACCAAAGACAAAAGUCCGUCUUGUAAAAGGCUCACCAUAGUCUGGAAUAUGAAACCUGUUUUGCUCCGAUGUGACGGAGGUUCUUCCUCGUUCCUUCAUCAUAAACACACUGCAAUACCAUUGGUUAGCCGCGGACCUAGCUAUGGCGAGGUGACCGUCCGGUGGUACAGCUGGUAGAACAUCCCCGAGUAGACAGCAGGAAGCUCCUCCAUGCCCAGGUCCACGUGGUGGAAGCCGUGCUCCAGCCCGUGCAGCAGGACCCGGGCCACGCGGGAGGUGAUGGGCGUGGUGUGCUGGGUCCGGGCCAACUCGGCCAGGUCCAGCCACUCGCAGCGCAGACACUCCUGCGUGCAGAAGUCGAUGUGGUAGCUGAGCGGAUGCAGCCGACAAAUGAUGUACAUGUCCGACAUGCCGAAGGCCCCGGGGUGGUUGUGCUGCUGCCGGAGGCUGAGGAGGGAGCGGAACUCUGAGCGGACGCCGGUUUCCUCCAAGACCUCACGCACUGCCGUGUCGCCUGGAAGCACCAGAGUUGUGAGAUGAAGGAUGUCAAGGGUUUUUGUUUUUCUCUUGCUGCUUUUGUUGUCGAGUGAGGAUGAUGAUGAAGCUGCUGUUGAUCGUACCGAUGCUGCUUUUCCUGUCUUUGUUAGUGGAUGUAAAUGUUCAAUAAAACAGAUGUCUUACAGUCUCAUUUCAGAGUCAUGACUGAGUGCGCUUCAGUACCGAAGAGAGUUUUCUGUGCGGAGGUGUAGGACUCCACUGAAACUCACCAAUAUUUUCUCCUGGAUCCGACAGACCUCCCGGAAACUUCCACGCAUUUUUCGUCUGAAACAAAAGAGAGAGUCAAACCUUCAAUCUGACGCCUCCAUGAUAGAGUGGACAAAUCUCAGAGUGUGACCAAGUAUAAGUGACCUGAUCAAGUGACUCAUUUUUGGACCCCGAUUCUCUGAUUCCACUCAUCACUGUGAUUCAGGACAGAGUGAUGUGAGUCACUUAGGGAGCUGUCGAGGCUUGACCUCCACAGUUAAGGUCAGUCUGAGUCUGACCCCCGAUCUUUAACACUUCUUCUGAGUCACAGCAACAGGAAGUGACAGACGUGUGAGAUUAUUUGAGUUAUGACUCAUGGGUUAAUGCACUGAUACGCCUCUGUUCACAUGACAACUUGCCUUGUUCCUGUCUUGCACGACCAGAACUUUACCGUUGCACUCGUCCACAACUGCACCUGUGGACAAACAUGGUCAGAACGUCCUCCACCCUUGGAGGAGCAACUGUCAUACCAGACGUCACGUGGAGCUCUGACAGGCUGAGGUCAGGUCGACCUCGGAGUCUUACUCAGUCUCGUUUAAAAGCCCCCUUUGGUUUCAUUGUCUUCUGACUUUUACAACAACUCUUCCUCUCAUGCUGUUAAAUCAAAACUCUGCGUUUCUCUUAACAGAGCAGAAGUCCAGGUUCGUGACUGACCCAGGCCAGCAGACCACUGUACCUCUUUGGCUCUCUGAACCUGCUCGGUGGUCCGGCAACGAUGGACCGACGCUGUCAGAGGCAGCUGGUCAUAAUGUUUUGGCUUGUCUUCAUUGGUUUGUACGAUAUAAACCCAAACACAUCUCUGGGGGAUGACUGGAUCUCACGGAAAUUCCGAAGUUCAAUUACUGCGGCUGCUAGUUUCUGAUGACAAUCAGAGCUGCACUGACGUUUGUCUGGGGGUCACCAGAUUUUUUCUGGACCGGAGUCAGAGGAGAAACGUUCAGACAUGUUCUGAAGCCAGUGAGAGCAGUGCAGCUCAUACUCUGCCCCCUGCUGGGCGGUCAGAACAGUCACAGACUUCUCUGUCUUCUUCCUUUCUCUGGAGUAGACCUGGACGUUUAACGUGUAUAAUCCAACAUAUGUAUCUGUCAUUUUAUCUGGCACGGAUUCAUUUAAGGGAAGC